AUCAAAUGUAAACAACUUCUUCAUUCUGUCCCGUCUUCCUCAUAGCAAUAGCACGCAUCUUCCCCUCGGACCUUCAAGCAAUUGCCAGAACCAUUCGUUAAUUUGGAGCCAGAAUACGUUGCUGUUGGUUCCAAUACGGCGUGACCUUAAGCGUAGGUCAAUUAUAUUUUGGCCCCGGUGCAUCCAAUGUGAAACGAACGAAGGAGCGGUUUAAGACCAUCUGUGUCUGAUAAGCGUCCCACCGAUACCUGUUGUUCUGUAGACAUCCAGCGGGUAUUACUCUACUACAUUAUCCUACUUUGUCAAGUGAAGAAGAACUGAGCUAAUUUAGUAACAAUCAUCAAGAUGCCUUCGGAUCUGAAAGAAUUCCUACGGCAAGCGGCGAUGCAGGUCGGCGCUGGUGGAUCGGCCGGUUUCGUAGAGGUGUGCAUAAUGCACCCGCUGGAUUUGGUCAAAACAAGGCUGCAGCUGCAAGCUAGCCCUUCUGCCGGUGCCGCCAAAUCCACGACCUACUACAACGGGGUGUUUGAUUGCAUCCGCAAAAUGGCCCGAUCGGAGGGAGUGUUUUCACUGUACAAAGGCAUCCUGCCGCCGGUGUUGGUGGAAACCCCCAAGCGUGCGGUCAAAUUUUUAACCUUCGAGCAGUACAAACGUUUCUUUCUGUUCGGAUCGGACAAACCAACGCCACUGACAUUUUCGUUGGCUGGCCUGGGAGCGGGCGUAACGGAAGCUAUUCUGGUCAAUCCAUUCGAGAUGGUGAAGGUUACCCUGCAGGCAAACAAGAAUAAGAUGGGACAGGUCCCCAGCACGUGGGCCGUUACGAAGCAAAUCAUCAACGAGUCCGGCUUCGGGCUGAACGGAUUGAACCGCGGUUUAACCGCCACCAUCGGUCGCAACGGCGUGUUCAACAUGAUCUACUUUGGCUUUUACCACAGCGUGAAAGGGAUCGUUCCGGAGUAUAAGGAUCCUGUGCAAGAAUUCCUGCGUAAAGUUGGCAUCGGUUUCGUGAGUGGAACUCUGGGUUCGAUCGUGAAUAUUCCCUUCGACGUAGCCAAAUCCCGCAUCCAGGGACCUCAACCAACUCCUGGACAGGUGAAGUACCGUACCACGUUCGGGUCGAUGGUGAUCGUGGCGCGCGAGGAAGGGUUUGGGGCACUGUACAAAGGCCUCACCCCGAAGGUGAUGCGGCUCGGGCCGGGCGGUGCAAUCAUGCUGGUAGUUUACGACUAUGUGUACGCCUUUCUGGACGACUACUUUAAGCAGUAGUUGCGCAACGCACAGACAGUAGGAGAGAGCCAGAUCAAAUGGGACGGAACAUUCGUAAAAAAACAACAACAACAUUCCAUUAGAUAAUUGAAGCGGUGCUUCCCAUUUUUUAUAUGUGUUUUUUUCUUUCCGUUUUUGAAGCACACUCGGCAUGGUGGUGCGAUCAAGAUGGUAAGUCGCAUUUAUACAAAAAAUACAGAUGCAUUUGUAAAUUACCGGUUUUGCUCGGUAACGGGUGGUUUGAUGGGAAAAAUAUAUUUAAAAUAGUUUUGAAGUCAUUUUUUCAUCCCUAAAACGGGCAUUUGAAGAGUAUUAUUUUUGAAAAUGCAUGUAGCUGGGGCUCAAAUUUCGUAGUUGUUUACAAUAAACCAUUGUAU